CAAUCAAAGAGAAGCGCCAAGCAAAACUCGUAUCAUGGCGGACCAACUGAAGUCUGUGUGUGAUGGAAAAAUAUACAUUUGACGUCUCUUAGUUGACUGAUGAACAAUGACGCACACGAAAAAGUCAAAAAUGCACAAUAAUGAAUGGCAUCAAACGUUAAAAAGAUAUCUCAGCAGGAAAAAAGAUUCCAAAAAGGAUCAUGAAGAAGGAAAUGCAGAUGAAAUGGAUGAGUUUACUCAUUUUUAUAAAUCGUGGAAGGGACUUCCUGCCAACUUUCAGAAUAAACCAAGACUGUUCUCAAAGUUGCCUUCAGAAAGAGAGCCUUUGCAGCUAAAAAUAAGAGAAGAAUCCAGAGCAGUUUUUCUUCAGCGUCGCAGUAGAGAGUUGCUUGACAAUGAUGAAUUGCAAAAACUGUGGUUUUUGCUGGACAAUCACCAUACACCACCACUUCAUGGAGAGGAACAGAUGAUAAGCUAUGAUGACUUCUUGGCUGUAAAGACACAAGCUGGGCUCAAAUGCCAGCCUUUUUUUCAGGCAACAGUAUUUUGCAAGCUGGUACAGUCCGAUCCUUUUGGUCGGAUAUCAAUCAUGCAGUUCUUUAACUAUGUGAUGCGUAAAGUGUGGCUACAUCAGACUCGCAUAGGACUAUCUCUGUAUGAUGUGGCAGGUCUGGGCUACCUCAAAGAAUCAGAUCUGGAGAACUACAUCCUGGAACUCAUUCCUACAUUACCACAAUUGAAUGGUCUGGAGCGUUCCUUCUACUCUUUCUAUGUUUGCACAGCUGUACGCAAGUUUUUCUUUUUCUUGGAUCCUCUUCAUACAGGCCGCAUAAAAAUACAGGACAUCUUGGCCUGCAGUUUCCUUGAUGACUUACUAGAGCUGCGUGAUGAGGAGCUAUCCAAAGAACUGCAGGAAUCAAACUGGUUCUCAGCUCCCUCUGCACUUCGAGUGUACGGUCAGUACCUCAAUCUGGACAAAGACCGUAAUGGAAUGCUGAGCAAACAAGAACUAGCAAGAUAUGGUACUGGUACCUUAACAGAUGUUUUCUUGGACAGGGUUUUUCAGGAGUGUCUUACAUAUGAAGGAGAAAUGGACUACAAGACUUAUUUAGACUUUGUGUUGGCCAUGGAGAACAGACGAGAACCCCAAGCAUUGCGGUACCUUUUCCGCAUUAUAGAUGUUCAGCACCGAGGAUACCUCAAUGUCUUCUCAUUGAACUUUUUCUUUCGAGCAAUUCAAGAACAGAUGAAGCUUCAUGGACAAGAACCAGUGUCUUUCCAGGAUGUAAAGGAUGAAAUUUUUGACAUGGUCAAGCCAUGUGAUCCAUUACAUAUUACUCUUCAGGAUCUCAUAAAGAGUGGGAAAGGAGACACCGUGGUGAGCAUCCUGAUAGACCUGAAUGACUUCUGGACGUAUGAAAAUCGGGAAUACCUAGUUCCAGAACUUACCGAGGAAGCUACAGCGUCUUGACGUUGCAGGCUGCAGUGGGAGGUUUGUCUUGUUGGUGAGCAUCAUAGGGAGAAAGACGUCUUGGUGCUGUUUUUUUUAAGCAGUAUUCUUUGGACCUUGUCACGCUUGUUGCUGUCUAGCUUUAUGAACUUUUUGGAGUGGUAUUUGGCUUUCAAAAGACUUAUAAGAAUGACAGUAGAAGUUUAAUGGUUGCUGGUGAUUGUGAGAGGGGAUUAAUGACUAAAGCCAGCAGUAGAAAGGAAUACUUGAGUUAACUUUUAGCCUAAGGGUUUAUGUUUGAAAGAUGUAGAUAUACUUGGACAUUGGGGUACAGACAUUUUUUUUAUAAUUCAGAGUGCAAAUUCACAUAUUAAGCUACUACUGUAUUAACUGGACUAACCUGUUGAAGACCUUGCAGCAGUGUUUGGUGUUUAAACCGAGGCAAGACACUGAUUGUUUAUCAACUUAUGUAUGUGUGAAUGUUUGUGUAGUUUAAAUGGACAGGAUAUAUGUUUGCAUUUGUAUAUGUGGUGAGUGUGAGGAGUGUUUAUUUGCAUAAUUGCACUUGCAGUUCUAUGCGUGUUGAAAAAAGGUAGUUUUUCUGUUUUGCAUUUAUGACCUGCAAUAUAACACUAUGUAAAAAAUGUGUGGAGUAUUCCUGUAAAGAGUAAAGUUUGUUUAGAUAUGCUAUUAAUAUAUUAACUUUGAUAUAGCUGUAAAAUUUCCAAUUUCCUGCUCUCUAUUUGAGAUGUAUGACUUGCUUCUCCUGUCAACCGGAUAGCAGUCUUUGGUCCUUUGUCUUCUUAAAUGAUGCCCAGGGCUGUACACAUUGAUCAUAACAGGACCUUUUGUACUUCAGAAGAGAAAGAGUCAGUCCAGUGCCAGAGAGAUAUAGAUUUCCAGCCUUGACUUUAUACUUCUAUUUUUAUAACAUUGUGUAUUUGGUGCAUGCUCAUGAAAUCUAAUUUUCAUAGUAAAAAUGUUGGUUAUCACUGCCUAACAUUAGCAUGACAAAGUUUUCGUCAAUGUGCUUGGGUGAAGGUAAAUAUAAAAAGCUAAGGUAAAGGUUGUCCUCUGAACUUUUUUGGUCAUUGAGGAGUGCAGUGUUGAAGACCACAAUUUUCUCAGGUUCAGCUCAGUGAGGAGGUGAUUGAGGGGGUGGUGGCCAUCUCCUUUCCCUCUUCCAGCUUUAAAACUCAGCAGCAAAUAAGGCUUGGGUGAGGAGAUUAGUAGUUGCGUGAACUGCUAAGGUCAAUGCUUGACAGUUUUCGUUUGGUGAUGUAUGUUCUGUAGCAACAUCUCACAGUGCCUCUGUGCAUCUUUGUAAUAAGAGAGUCUGCAUUUGCUUCUGUUCAAGAACAGGAGGGCCUUGUGCUUUUAUGUCUUCACCUCGAAAAGUUUGGAAUAGCUGAAUAUCCACCCUUGUAUAAAUGCAUGUGUGUGUAAAUACAUACAUGUUUUAUUCUACUUUGACAUGUUUGUGUGCUUGUGUGUGGCACCUUGCUUGUGCUAAAUUUAGUCUACAUAAUGAUGAUGAUGAUGACAGCUGCUACUUUGCAUGGAUCUAAUGAGAGUUAUCUGUGAGUAUUGAUCUCUUAAAUUGUAACUAGGACAAGUGAGCAGGCACUUACGUGAGAUGCACAGUGUGGGGGAAAUGUAUGUAAUACUGUUGAAAAGAGACACAGGAUUUGUUCCAUGUUUUUGUGGAUUCCUGGUUACUUUGGUUUACCAAUAAACAAAUGGAGCAGACUAUUUUCUUCUGUGUUCCUGGGAUCAGACUAUGAAUAUAUUUUAUAGAGAAAAUAUAUUCUGGAGAUAACACUAUGUGUGGCUUGAUGUACAAAUGAACUAGAACAUUCUGGCUCAGAUGUUCCAUAUUUUUGCUUCCCAACACUAUACAGGGGAGCAGAUAGCCUACUUAGAGCAUUAGAGCAGAUAUGCUGGAAUCUUAAGGCACACACACUAGCUGGUUUUAUAAGAUGUAGCAUAGUUCCCCCAUGUGACUCGGCUUUGUAGUGGGUACCUGACUCUCCAAAGGGUUUGGGAAGGUAAAUUAACGAGGCAGAGGUGAUGUUCAUUUCUCUCAUAAAAACUGACCCUGAGAUAAGUCUAGGCUUAAACAUCUCACUUUUCUAUGGCUGCAAGGUAAGAGGUCUACCUUUACUAUUUUUUAACAUUACUACACUUUUCCUAACAGUUCACUGCGUGUUCUUUUCAAGGAUGAAUAUUUGUGAAACUCUUGUGCUGAAAUGGAAUGCACCUAGGAGAGGAAAAUGUCCCUUGAGUGUGCAGUGGAGUGUAAGGGAGCUGCGUAAUCCAUACAAACACAGCUGUAUCUUCACUCUUGACUGUGCUCACUUUUACUGCAUUUACCAUGAACAUGAGGAUUGACUGGUAAUCACAUCUGAUUCGACCAAAAGCGAUAGUCGUAGUGAGAAUGUGAGAUGCACUUCGUGCUGUAAAGCCAUAUGCUAUAUCUAAGUCAAAACCAGUCUUGAAUGCAUUCCACAUUUGUAUCUAGUUUUGGAACUAAAAAAAAAAAAUAAUAAAGAUACUUGUGGGCA